CACUGCACAGCUGACAGUAAUACCGAGUGUUUUCUGAGCGAAACAACAGCAAACCUCGGAGAAAUUCAGUGUUUGGACUUCACACAUCCCGAAAGUGCGUCAGUUAUUAUGAUCACCUCAAGCCCGAUGGAGAGCCGCGCGUCCACGGUGCGCACGUCCAGGCGGAGCGGCGCUGGGGCCGGCGCGUCCCCGUCCACCGUGAGCCCGACGCGGGUCACGCGCCUGCAGGAGAAAGAGGAUUUGCGGCAUUUGAACGACCGUCUCGCGAAUUACAUCGAGCGGGUCCGACAAUUGGAGAAUGACAAGUCAUCCAUGCAGAUCCUGCUGGAGGAGAAGGAGGAGAGCAGUCGCAGGGAGAUCGGGAACGUGCGCCGCCUGUACGAGACCGAGCUCUCGGACGCGCGCAAGAGUCUUGAUGCCAUCGCGAACGAGCGCGCGAGACUUCAGAUCGAGUUCACGCAGUUACAAGAGGACCAUCACACACUCACUGCCAGGAAUAAUAAGAAAGAGUGUGAACUGAACACGGCUGUCGGACACUGGAGGAAUCUUGAAGCCGCGCUGAACUCUAAAGAAGCGGAUUAUGCAAAUUUACAGGCCACCAACCGCAGACUGGAGAAUGACAUCUCCAAUCUCAAGACUCAGGUGGCUAAUCUGGAGGCGGCGCUGCAGAACGCCAAGACCCAGUUGAACUCUGAGAUGCUGCGUCGAGUUGAUGCUGAGAACCAGAUCCAAACCCUGCAGGAGCAGCUGGACUUCCAGAAGCAUCUCAGCGAACAGGAGGUGUGCGAGAUGCGCAGUCGCCACGAGAGCCGGCUGAUGGAGCUCGACACCGGCAGACAGAAGGAGUUUGAAGGUAAAUUAGCUGAAGCCAUGAAGCAGCUCCGCGAAGAACAUGAAGCCCAAAUCCAGCAGUACAAAGAGGAGCUGGAGAAAACCUUCGUCGCCAAGUUGGAGAACGCGAAGCAGGCGGCGGUGAAAAACAGCGACUUCGCUUCUUCAACGAGAGAAGAACUGGCGGGAACUAAAAUACGUUUGGAUUCUCAGUCGCUGCAAAUCAACAACCUGCACAAAAAGAACUCGGCGCUGGAGGCUCGUGUGCAGGAGCUGGAGCAGAUGCUGGACCGCGAGAGACAGUCCCACCAGUACCGGCUCUCCCAGAAGGAGCAGGAGAUGGCGGAUCUGAGGCAGCAGAUGCAGGAGCGACUGGAGGAGUACCAGAACCUGCUGGACACCAAGCUCCUGCUGGACAUGGAGAUCAACGCGUACCGCAAGAUGCUGGAGGGCGAGGAGAAGCGGCUGAAUCUGUCUCCGAGUCCGAUCCAGCCGCCGGCCGUGUCUCGGACGCGGGGUCAGCCGGUGCGCAAGGGCUGGGGGAGGAAGCGCAAGCACGAGGGCUCCAGUUCAGGCCUCUCGCCCGGCUACAAGCUCAGCCAGCGCUCCUCGUCCCGCGGGAGUGUGUGUAUCGACGAGAUCGACCCGCAGGGCCGCUUCGUCAAGCUCAGGAACACCUCCGACCAGGAUCAGGCUCUGGGAGGCUGGGUGUUGAGGAAGAGUGAAGCAGAAAAACAGGACAUCGUCUUCCAGUUCCCCUCGCCGUGUGUGCUGAACGCUGGACAGAUGCUCACGAUCUGGGCUGCCGGUGCUGGGCUGGAUCAGACGCCCCCUGCAGGGGAUUUGCUGCUGAGGACUCAUGAGUCGUGGGGCCCGUUCGAGGACGUCCGAGUCACGCUGAUUAACACACAGAACGAG